AUGGCUGCUUCGGUCUCUAGAGGACUUAUUCGCUCUUUGACAGCUUUAGGACGCAGCGGUUUACCCAAUUUCUCUGCGAAUGCACCUGGAAAUGGCUUAUGUUCUCUUCCUAGUGACCUGAAGUAUGGAAUGACUUUACUUUCCAACCGAAAGCUCUCCACUUGUAUUUUGACUCCAGACUCGAGUGGUGAUACAUUUCCUUAUGAUCUACUUUCCAAAAAGACGGUGAUUACACUAGACCGAACCAUAGGACAAUACCAAGACUUGGUCAUUCCGGUGACGAAUUUUCAGAGCGAGGACAAGGGUUUCAUGGUUUUAGCAGGUGAUGUCUUUGAUGUUCCAAUAAGGAAAGACAUCAUUCACCAUGUCGUGAGAUGGCAGCUUGCGAAACGCCAGCAGGGAACUCAUUCGACCAAAACAAUAAGUGAGGUUUCGGGAACUGGUAGAAAGCCAUGGAAUCAGAAGGGUACAGGUCGAGCUAGACAUGGUACUUUGCGUGGCCCGCAGUUCCGAGGUGGUUGCGUAAUGCAUGGGCCCAAACCGAGAAGCCAUGCAAUAAAGAUGAAUAAGCAGGUUCGACGGCUUGGACUCAAGAUAGCACUGACGGCUCGAGCCGCAGAAGGAAAACUCCUCGUGUUUGAUGAUAUGGCAUUGCCAACACAUAAAACAAAGAACAUCGUCAGUUAUUACAAUCAAAUGGACAACACAAAGAAAGUACUCGUUGUACAAGGUGGUCCUAUCGAUGAGAAGCUGAAGCUAGCUACCCAAAACCUCCACUAUGUCAACACACUUCCAUCAAUAGGGCUUAACGUCUACAGCAUUUUGCUCCACGAUACGCUUGUGAUGUCCCGUGAUGCUGUGAAUAAGAUCGUUGAGCGACUGCACACUCCUAUUAACCGUUAA